AUGGGAACUGACAUCCACGAGAAGCGUCAUCAUUCAGGUGACGUCCUUGGGGGCAGAGAAGCGAAAGUUUCCUAUGUGGACCUGAAAAUGGAUGAAACUGGACAUACAGAACCUACUGAGGCUGAUGAUUCCAUUCAAAAAGACAGCAGCAGUAGUGCUAGUCGUAGAAGCAAAUACUCUCGUAGCUCCAAGAGUUCCAGAAGGUCCUCCAAGACCUCGAGAGGUUCGAGAAGUCCCAUGAAGAAUGAUAAGCAUUCAAGUGGUAGCAGACGGCAUCGUUCUCACAGGAGUAGAAGUGGAAGUGGCAGCAGGGGCAGCAGCAUGAGCAGAAGCAGGAGUCGCUCUCUAGAAAUGUCUUUGAAUGGCAGCGAUGAUGAGGAAGAAGUUAUCAAACGAAGCAGAAAGGCGCCCAAAGGGGCCAGCAAAGAGUUCCGAGACCGUGCCAGGCGGAACGAGAGUAGUAGAAGGGUUUCUUCAGGAGACUUCUCCAUUCAAAGCUCCAUUCUAAGCAAGGCUACGGCUACUACCAAUACCACCCUCACGGAGACAUCCACUAGUGGAACUUAUGCAGACAUGUUGUACGGAGGAGACAGUGAUGAGGACGCCAAACAAAAGUCCAAAUCAUCGUCCUCUUCCAAAGCUUCCAAACCAGGUGUAGAACGGGUCACCAAGCGAGGAGAUGGCAAACGCCACCAUGAUACCAUAGAUCGGUCCAUCCGCAGCAAAGAUAGUGGCACCACCAAUACCAGCAACAGUGUUGAGAUUUUGUACGGAGGAGACAGUGGUGAGGAUGCCAAGGCUAAGGCCAAAUCUUCUAGGUCAUCAAGAGCUUCGGAACCCGGCAUGGAACGGAUCAGCAAGCAUAGCAGCAGUAGCAGCAAGAGGCACGUAGAUCGAUCCAUCCGAAGCAAGGACAGUGCCACCAGCAAUGCUAGCAAAAGUGUGGAUCUUUUGUAUGGAGAUAGGGAUGAGGACGCCAAGCAAAAGGCCAAGUCCGGUCAUCGAAGCUCUAGAAGUAGUAGGCCGGGGAUCGAACGAAGUGAUCACCACAAGAUGAGCAAAAUGGACCUGCUGUAUGGAGAUGACCAAGGCAAGGCCAAAUCCUCGCGGCGAAAGGUUAGUCAACCCGGGGUAGAAGAGGUACAUGACUCGGACGAAAAGGGCAGCGACACACGGGAACUCCUGUACGGAAAGUCCAAGUCGUCCAAGAGAAGUAGCACAAGAGGCAUGGUAGAAGAGCAAGACUCAUCUAGCGAAACAAGAGAUCUUAUGGCCAAUGAUGGUUCUGGAGACGAAGCACCCGAAGCAGCUGUUAUGGGCGAGACAGUCCAAGAAAACAAGGGAAGUAGAAAGAGCAAACUGUGGAUCAUCAUUGGGGUUCUUGCGUUCUGCUUUCUCUUGAUUGUUGGCGGUGUGGUAGCAUUUGUUGUACUCCGCGAAAACAGUGAGGAUGUUGCGAGGAGCGUGGAUGAUACCCCGGCACCAUCUACAUUCCUGGGUCAAUUUUCACCAACCAUCAUUCCUCCAACAACGGCGGCCAACACCACUAAUCCUCCUACAAGUUCUCCAACCCCGCUGCAAAUCUACGAUGCACCGAGUCCAGAAAACUGUCAAUCAAUUGCAAACAAUCAAACCAUUGCUGGACAAGAAAACAUGACACAAAGCGAUAUCAAUAUCAAGAUGGAUGUGACUCUAUCCGUGCACGGUGAGGUUUCCGAUGAAAUGGUCCAAGAACUAUUGGAUGCCUUGCAACAAAUAUUCCUUCCAGCUUUGGCUGGCUGUGAUGAUGUUGUUGAAGAGAAUGUUGAGCAGGAGGAGAAUGUCAAUGACACUGAAAGACGCAGCUUGAUGCGAGGUUCCAGCAGCCACCAGAAUAGACAACUUGCAAACGGGGCACCGCAAUACGUCAUAUUCAAUGCCUUUGUUAGCGAAAUUGAGCAAUCGGAGAGAGACUGUGAAGACGAAGAAACUGAAGAUCCAGCAGAUGAGGGUCUAUCAAGGUGUUAUCGACUGAUUGUGGAGGUAUCGAUGUACUUGAAGGGUCCGACUCAAUUUUUCGAGAUCGCUAGUCUGAUAUCACAACAAGCCGAAAAAGAACCGAAUUUGGUGAUCCCAUUCGAUUUACCAGAUCCGUUCUCAGAAGUAAAGCUCAUCGGUGUCGAUAGCUUGAUUCCCAUUCAAUCUCCUUCUGCAAUGCCAACCGAUGUUCCUAGUACUGCUCCAUCUAUAAUGCCAUCUGAGACCCCAAGUGCAUCACCGUCUUCGUCGCCAACAUCAAUGCCAGUGGUCGGGCCAACGCCCCCGCCAUCGGUUUCACCCACAGUUUUGGGCUCGAGUUCACCGUCCAAAAAGCCAUCGAUUGCGCCAAGUCCGCCACCAACAGUCAGGGCUAGUGAAUUGCCCAGUGCUAUGCCUUCAAACGCGCCAACAGGGGCCCCAGUGAUUGGGUCGUUGUCUCCGUCGAUUCCGAUUGAAUCAAAUACACCGUCUCAAGCUCCAAGCCCUGCCUCCAGUGCAAACCCUUCUUUAAAUCCAAGUUCGGCACCGUCCCUUGUGACUUCACAAUCUCCCACCAGGUAUCCAACAUCGUCACCCACAAGUUCGCCCACGGAAUGGACUUCCGUAAGUAUGGCGCCUUCAGCAAAAUGCUACUGCAUUGAUGUACCAUCCGCGCCUUCCUGUGAUGGGACCGUGGCAAACCAUGAUAUUGGCUGCGAUAGCUGUAUCGGUUCCUAUAGUUGUGCUUAUAUGCAAUCCAGUCCCGACUCGAUUCCAACGAUUGGAGCCAGUUCUUGCAAAGGCGAUAGUGCCUGUGGUUUCGCAACGGUGGUUUCCAUUGGAGAUAACAGUUGUCAUGGGCUCUACUCUUGCGAAGGGCGACUAAUCGAGGCAGGUUCUGGUAGUUGUACCUCGAACUAUGCUUGUACGGGGGAUUUCUGGGGAUCUACACUCAGCACACUGUCCGCUGGUGGACAGUCUUGCAAUGGUGAAUACAGUUGCUACUCCCACGAGCUCGCUGUGAGAUCACAGAGUUGCAAGGAUACCUUUGCCUGUGCCGGGCGUGCUAAAAUGUUCGUCGCGGACAAUGCCUGUCAAGGGAACAAUGCCUGCAGUGGUGCAGUAUUAAGUGUUGGCUCACUAUACCAGGCACAAACGGAGACAUCCUACUUUGGCAAUGGUAGCUGUACUUGCCCAACCUGCUGUACCUGUAUGAUUCGAGUCGUAUCUGGUCGCUGUACCACUCCCGGGGAAUGCUGUGAUGUUGAUGAUCCAACUGCUAAGGCAGCUGGCGUUCAAGACAAUACGGAAGAGGAAAUGAGACAAGAUUUGGGAGUAACUGAUCUUCUUUCACUGUUUUGA